AGAGGAUGAUUAAAAAUAAAUAAAUAAAAAGGCUUUUGAUUAGCAUCGAGCCACUUGAAUGUCGCCAGGCUGUCGGCAAAGUCAGCAGGAGGCCUGAAACAGGACGAGCUGAGCUGCCUUUGAGUGCCAUCAGGCUAAAGGCUAAAGGGGCUCAGAGGCUGUAAUCCCCGGAUGAUGAAACCAUCAUGGCUGCCACUCGCUGAGCUGUCAAGCGCUCGACAAAAGAAAAGAAACCUGAAAGCCUAUGGAUUUGGUGGAUAUUUGCACAGUUAUCUCUGCUACAAAUAAAAAGCAGUGCACACGCAAGAACAAUCGAGUUUGGCACAAACGGCUCCGCCGAAGGAAUCCUACAGCUUCUUUUUCAACUAUGCAACGUGGAACUCAAAAUGGACCAAAAAAGAUGCCCGAGGAACAUGAACAAAGCACAGAGUGGCCUUCCUCAAAAAAGUCCCACUUGGAGUCCCAACAAAGUGAACGCUGGACAAACCAUAGUAUCGAUGCACUCAGGUUUACGUGCUGUCAAUGCAAGGACAAUCUGGAAUAUGUUCCCAAAGACUUGGUGAGACACUUUGAGGAAAACCACAGAGGAAGCUCACCUAUUUUUUCUUGUCAUAUGUGUCCGUUUGAUGCACAUGACUUCACAUACCUAAGGGUUCAUCUGUUAAGCCACAAGGACACUUUUUCUAGCUGCAACAUUUGUAAUGAUGACGUGAAACGCACAUGGGAAGAACUGAGUACACAUCUCACAAUGUGUCACUGCCAAAAUGGCAAAUAUUCUUGUGAAAAAUGUUCAAGAUUCUCUACGGAGGAUGUGACCAUGUUUUUAAAGCAUAUGUGUGUACAUCACCUUGGCCUUCAAAGAGCAAAUGAGAUUGAACUUGACAAAAAUGUUACUCAGUUUGGUUCUGUGACAGCAAAUCAAACUUUACGUUGUCCCCACUGUAGCUAUGAAGCAUCUCAUAAUUGGGUACUUGCAAAGCACAUUAAAGCAAACCACGGUUGCCAGAAAGGUAACCAGAAAAAAAAGGAGACCCGUUCCAAAAUGAGAAACUCAAACCAUACCCACAUUAAGCCUAGGUUGACAAGGAGCUCAGUGAAGGAAAUGUGCUGGUUGACACAGGACUGCCUCUCUCUUCCAGGUAGAAACUUCCUGGAUAAAUACUGUCAUUUGCCUGAUCCCCAAACUACACUAGAAGAGACACAACAGUUUUUAAUGAAAUCUGUAGCAGGGGAAAAGGGUGAUCAGAAAUGGACCAAGGCUCUUAAAUCUGUUCUGUCCAAUGUUCCUCAAGAUAUAAGUGUCCAUCCAAAGUCUGAGAAUGGCAUCGUGUCCAAUUCCGAGGCGCUCACCGUCCUCACGGUCCAGAACAAGAUAACUGUUGCUCAGAAUGGUGCUACCUAUCCUAAGAGGUUAAAGAUGGUGGAGACAACAGAGAAAGGAAGUCUAACCCCUGAAAGUACUGCUGCUGAUACUCAUUAUGACAUUGGACAAAACCAACGUCAAGUAAUCUUGAAUGACAACCCAUAUUGCCUCGACACUGAAACAAAAGUAAGCAAAGAUGUAGUAACUCGCACCCACAAUGAAACACUUGAGUUUGUCAAAAUCCUGGAAAAUGGAGAGAAUCAGGAAUCAAAAACUAACUUGAACAAUGGGGAAGAUGUCAAGAAUGAGGAUGUGCAACUGGGUUUAGAUGGAAUCAAUAUUUCUGGUGAGCCAAUGAUCACAAAUGAGAGCCAAGAGCAGAAAGGCACUUAUAAAGCCAAACCAAAAAAUACCACCAAGAGAAGAAGGAAAAGAAAAUCCAGAUUUAAAAAGGUGAAGAAAGUAACUUCUGAAUUAGCCUUAAAGAUUGUGUUAAAGAAAAAUCCAGUCAAAGAAAGACAGUGGGUGUCACAAAGCCCGUUACUUCCAGUGGAAGACCACUCUAUACUACCGCCUCCCGACACAACAGUGAAGGCCUCGAUACCUUUGACUGAUCAGCAUGACCCCAAAGAAGCCAUUACGUUAGCACAUACACCAUCAGGGACUGAACGUCCUCUACAUGGCAGCACAAAGCCUGCCGGGUUGAAAAAUGUUCCCAUAGAGCAGCCUUUUGUGGUUGAAGAUUUGCAAUUCUCAUUUGAAAGAAAAGGCGAUGAUGCAAAUAAAACACUACAAUUUGUGGAGACCGUUCAUGACAAGAGCAUCUUGUCAAAUUUAACCAAGACUGCAGUCGAGGCGUGUCCUGAGAGCUCCAGUGGAUCCCCAAACUGCAGUGCGUCAGCUGUUGAUGAUGGGGGCAUUCAAAGCAGCCACAGCAAGUCACCCCCUAUUUCUGAACCUGCUAUUACAUCAUAUGGUGUGAUAAACCCAGCAGGGAAAAGUCAGAUUGACCUUCAUGUAGAAGUGCCUCCAAAAUCCAACCCAAAGCUUUUCAACUGUUCUGACCAGCCCAUAAAGAAAGCCAUCCGUCAGGAAUCGUGGCCAGCCUUCGUACGCUCCUGGCAGCCCCCUCCAAAAAGCCUGCAAAGAACACUAAAACUUAACGCCGUGAAUCCCUCUCAGUUGAUCAAGCGUCCCGUCAGAGACCAGCCUGUUGUGGUACUCAAUCACCCAGAUGCAGACAUCCCAGAGGUGGCCAGGAUUAUGAACGUGGUCAGCCGGUACAAAGGAGAUGUGCAAAAGGUAGUGCUGUCACAAAGAACUCUGAAAGCGCUGUCAGCUGUGACCAAUGGGAAUAGUGAAACAAACCAUUAUAUGGACGCUCAGACACAACCGCCGUGGCACGGGGAGAGCCUAAUCCAAGAAAGGUUUGUUUUGAAGCUCAGGCUACGGAGACUAAGCAGGAAAAAGUACGAGGUCGUUGAUGCAGUGUCGUCCAACAGAGUAGUUGCAAAAAAAUUCAGUUGCUGGUUCUGCGGCAGGGUCUUUGAAAAGCAGGAGUUGUGGAUGGUCCACCGGCAGAGGCACCUGAUUGACUGGAAAAGGCCAAACUGUGAAAACUUUUAAAUGUCCCGUGCACUGAAAGAAAUGUCUGGAAGAUAACAAUCAUGGAGAAAGUGACAAUCAUGUUUUCCAAGUCUUAAUUUAAAUGUCGCACAUCCUGGACCAUCUCAGGGUAACAUUACAUACCAUAAUCCUCAGUCAGUCUCGCCCAGGUGUUGCUUCUUUAAAACUAUUGAUGCAAGAAGGCAAUUUGUAAAGUCAAAAAAAUGUGAUGACGUAAUUUAGUUCGAGUACCCUUUUUGUUUAUCGACACACUUUCUUUAUUUAAAUACACUGUUGCAUUUUUUUCCCUUUAAGAAAACACUGUAAUUGUGUAUUGCCACACAGGUUGUAUAUACGGGUAGGCUAUAAAAUAUUUAUGAUUUUGGAAUGGGAUGUCAAAACCCACGUUAGUCAGAGAUACCAAAAGAGUUAAAAGAAGGAAAAAAAGAAGCAAUAAGCUGUUUUAUUCAACAUUUAUUUAUGGCUCUAAUGAAUGGAAAUUAUUUUGAGGCCAAUGGAAUAUUUCUUGUAAAUGUUUUGUAAAUUCGAAAUGUUCAAAUCUAGUAUUAUCUAUGACAUAUAUUUUCAUGCAUUCAUUUAACAGGGGCAGAUUUUCUUUAACGUGCUACAUUUUUAUACCUAAAGUUGUUCUACGAUGUCAGCAAAUGAUAGAUUUUCUUUUUUAAUCUGACCUUGAUUGGUUGUUUUCCCCCAAUUAGUUUACUUUUGUUUGACUUGAAGAUGCUAAUCUAGUUUUUUACUUGCACUAUGAAAGGAGGAUUUCUAUUUCCAUUACCUCACCCCAAGCUGACAGCAGUCUCGACAGGUGUCCUCCUGUGGCAAAACAUUUCCUAAAGCAUGACAUCUCAGUAUUGACAGCACAGGAACUGUGGUGUGUAUCUGCGUUUGUGUCACUCAAGGACCAUCCCUUUUUAGAACUCAGUGUAAAUAUCAAAUCUUCAAUUCAGAGGAGAGAUUUAUAAUUGUACUGUACAUAGUUGAGCUAGUGGUACUCAAGAAUAAGUUGUAUUUCUCAAAGUGCCUUAAUUUUUUUUGUUAUGCAACAAAUCUGCAUGAACGCUAUUUGAUCAGAGAAUAAAGUUGUUUUCCUGGUGACAUAAUUAAAGAGACUGAGUUAUAUAUUUCUUUAUUUAAUGAAAAUUACAAUUUGUGAGUUGCUGACUAAUUAAAGAAUCCUGCAUCCGCUACAGUUAAAGUCUGGCUUUUUUGUAAAUUUGAAUACUAAAUGAGCGUUGCAAAGCAUCUCAAUAAAUCAUGUUCCAAGUCUCCUGAGUCUACUAAUUUAGUGCCACGUGACCUGCGGACCCCUUGGGUUCUGCAAACUAGGGGAGAACACAGAAGUGUGGUGAUGUCCAGAUGUGGUUGGCCGUUUCGGAGGAAAGCACAGCAUGACUGCACCCUUGCUGUUACUCUUGCUGUCUAUGAGCACCAGUGGUUUCUUCUGAUGUUUUUCAAUGAUGUGAGAGACACUGUGGAAAUACUAAAAGGAUAGAAAAAAAAAAAAAAAUUUGAGCUCUCACUGUUGAACCACACGUUCAUUUUUACAAUGGCAUAUUUGUAAGUAUUGAUCAAUGUUUUAGAUUUACAUGUAUGACUCAAUAUGGAAACAUUUUCAAAUUACAGUGCCUUGCAAAAGUAUUCGCCCCCCUUGAACCUUGCAACCUUUCGCCACAUUUCA